AUGACUUCCGGGUAGCCGCUUGUUUUUGUACCUCCAGAAAUAUAAAGUUAUAAAAUGACGACAACAACACGAUAUAUGACCACAAGAGAAGUCGGAGGCCGACGCCAUCGAUUAUACUUCGAUGGAAAUGAGAAGAAUUACGAGCUGUGGGAAGCGAAGUUUCUGGGGCACUUGCGUCUGCUCGGCUUAAAAGCCACCGUGCUAAGAGAGCCACAAGACGGGAGUGAAGACGACGCGAAGCAAAACGAGGACGUCUACGCCGAAUUGAUUCACCUUUUAGACCACAGAAGCCUGUCGCUGGUUAUGAGAGAAGCGGUGGACGACGGGAGGAAAGCAUUGAAGAUACUGCGAGAGCAUUAUGUCGGUAAAGGGAAUGAGCGGGUGAUUCGCCUCUACGUGAAGCUAACAUCGCUACAGAAAGCGGCAAACGAGAGUGUGAGUGAUUAUCUUCUCCGCGCACAAACUCUAAUUACCGCAUUACAAAAUGCCGAGGAGACUUUGAGCGAUGAGCUGUUGAUUUCGGUGAUUCUGAAAGGCUUGCCUGACACGUUCAAGCCGCUUGAUCUUUACGUCAGACAAAGUGGCGCGACGAUGACAUUCGGCGAGUUCAAGGUGGCACUGAGGACCUACGACUGUACGGUGGCAAGUGGCGGAGGUAAGCCUGCAUCUCGGAGAGGCCCGGCUGGUCCCCGGAUCCUCCCGUCUCAUGCCGAGGCAAAUCAAACGGUACACGUUAGUGUCUUCAAAAAAAAUAGAAUACCGCAGGUGACACGAUGCACGACGUGCUGUACCAAACAUCAUUGUCCCAUUUGCCCCACCUCAAUGUACAAGCCUCGGUGUAAGGCAAAGCUUUUGCAGCACAUGGAGGUCCAUGUAAAAAACGCCAUCCAACAUGAAGAGUUCUUGAUAACCAAAUGCCACAAGCCCUGCAAGAGUGGAAACAGUAGUCAUUUCCAUUGUCCAUUCUGCAUCAAAACCACCAUAAAAAGGAAGGAUGCAAUGAGGCAUUUGGAGAUGUGUAGGCCACCUCAUCGUGAUGCAGAGUUGGAAGCUGAUGCCGACAUGGCCAUCACUUCUCAGACUGGAAUGCAAAGGUCUUGAAUCACUCUUCAUUUCCUGUGGAGCUGCAUUGGCUGCAGACACGCCCACCCGACGUAUAAGAAACACAAGUGGGUAAAUUGUGAAUGAAGACAUGCUCAUGUGAGUCAUUUGAGUAAGGAAUCGGACUUUGCUGUGACGCCCUUUUUUGGCUCUGUGAAAAAAUGGAACAUGGUGUUUUCCUAACACUUGAAAUCUUGCCUGCGUGUGCGUGUGCGCGUGGUACAACAAUGUCUUCUUCCUGGCUGGAUGUGAAAAGUCAAACGUAGAUGACACCCUGAUUUUCUGUGUGCGUUCUGUUUUAUAUAAUGGUUUGUGAAGCCAUAACCGCGUAUCCAGAGGGAGGAGCUUAGACAGCUGUGUCCAUGCAUGUGAGGGAGUCAACUGACAUUUUGACUGUCAAAAAAACAAUCAUCCAUCCAUCCAUUUUCUACUGCUUGUCCCUUUUGGGGUCGCGGGGGGUGCUGUAGCCUAUCUCAGCUGCAUUCGGGCGGUAGGCGGGGUACACCCUGGACAAGUCGCCACCUCAUCACAGGGCCAACACCGAUAGACAGCCAAGAUUCACACUCACAUUCACACACUAGGGCCAAUUUAGUGUUGCCAAUCAACCUAUCCCCAGGUGCAUGUCUUUGGAGGUGGGAGGAAGCCGGAGUACCCGGAGGAAACCCACGCAGUCACAGGGAGAACAUGCAAACUCCACACAGAAAGACCCUGAGCCCGGGAUCGAACCCAGGACCUUCCCUGUGAGGCACAUGCACUAACCCCCCAAAAAAACAAGAAAAAAAACCCAAUCAAUUUAAUAAAAUACAUUGAUUAAAAAUGAUUACAUGUUAUUGUUCUGCUUGCUACAUUCUUGGUGAUGAUUGGUAUAAAUAAAGUGAUU